AUGUCCAAUACAACCACCAUAUCGGCAAGGUUGUUGGAGUACCUCUUCAUCGGCCAGCUAGCGCGUGUCCGGCGAAUCUCGAGGUCGCUCGCCUUGUUUCACCGCCCUUCCACUGCGCAGCGCCUUCCAGCGGAAGUCCUUUCGCUUAUCUUCGCAUGCGCCACUCACGACUCUCACGAACGUUCCGAUACGUUAGCAUCUCCGUUAAUUGUUUCCCAAGUUUGCUCUCGCUGGCGCAGGAUUGCGCUCUCUACGUCAUUGCUAUGGACUGCCAUCACCGUCACGUACCCAUAUACGACUACUCAACGACAACGCAUUGAUGCAUGGCUCUUCCGAUCCAAAACCCAACCGCUUGACCUGCUGUUGGACUUGCGUGACCCCGCUUGGAAUUGGGAUGAAGACUCCCAGUCGUCCGCCGGGGAAGCCAUGCAGCAUGUGCUCGACCUCUUGAUUCCAAAUAUAAAUCGAUGGCAGCAUUUUGAACUGCUUUCUGAUACAUGGCUGCCUAUCUUUAUCUUCCUCGAACGGACUCGCGAUGUUGCAUCCGUCCCCCUCCUCCACACUCUCAAAUUAUCAAGGUGCAAUGCGUACUUCGCGGCGAAGGGACAGACCUUCAGCCCUGUCGAACUGAGGACCCAUAUACCUGUCUUUGGUGGCACCACGGCAGGCAAUCUUCGCGUGGUAUCUUUGGCUGGCGUUCACGUCGAUUGGUCUGUCUCGGCGCUAAAAGGGCUAACGGAGCUGGAGGUCAAGUAUCACGCCAGCGAUGUCAUGCCGUCAUUCACCCAGUUCAAGGGUAUCCUCGCAGCUUGUCCGGAUCUAGUCAAGCUUUCGGUGCUUGGCUGGGGGCCACGGCCACCUCUUCCAACACGAGCAUCAGCCGGGGUACCAGGAGAAGAAGAAGAAGAAGAAGAACCAGUGGCGGUUCACUAUCCUCCUAUACAGCUUCUCAAGCUUACGCAUUUCUCAUUCGGCUUCGUUGACCUUGAUUACGCGAUCGACCUUCUCUCUCAGUUUUCGUUUCCCCGACUAAAGAACUUGUCAAUUGAAGAUGUGUCACGGACCAUAAAUCCCUCGACAGCGCAGGAUGCCACCCGACUGAUAGAGUGGCUCGGACAUACCCCAUCUACGCAUGAAGAAGCGCUGUCUAGCAACGACGACAUACUUGAACAUCCCUUCCCACUGUCUCGCAUCAAAACUCUCCAAUUCAACGGUAUCUCGGCUCUCCGAACAGCUGUCACAUAUUUCCUAUCUUGCUGCGCGUCCCUUCAAUCACUCCAUCUUUCAAAUGCAGAAGGGUCCACCCUUCUCUCCUCGCUGAAGCCGCAGACAGUCGAAUUCUCGGCAGAACCUGCCGUUAGCAUCCCCUGUCCCGAACUCGCAGAACUCACCAUCGACUUCGAGCGAGUCGACUUUGACAUGCUGUCUGACGUUAUCACGUCCCGCAGCGACGCUGGAUCAUCUUCUUUGGAGCGUAUAUAUGUGGAGAUGUCUGAAGACGAAGGCGAAGAAUGUGGCAUCAGUGAUAUGGCUCGCGCAGUAUUCAUCGCUGCUGGCAUCAAGCUUCUCGCGUUCUCCAUUUAG